AACGGGACGCAGCGGGUGCGGCGGGCUGAGGGGUCGGAGGCCGCCCGGCGGGGCGAGAUGUCCGUGUGUGACAGCGUCAGCCUCUGGGUGACGGACAAGCGCACGGCCGUGGACAUCCGGGGCAAGGCGGUGACGGUGCUGUCCGAGGUGCAGACGCUCACCGGGCCGCUCAAGCAGUAUUUCUUCGAGACCAAGUGCAACCCGGCGGGUGGGACGACGGGCGGGUGCCGGGGCGUGGACCGGCGCCACUGGCUCUCCGAGUGCAAGGCCAAGCAGUCGUACGUGCGGGCCCUGACCGCCGACGCCAACAAGCUGGUGGGCUGGCGCUGGAUCCGCAUCGACACGGCCUGCGUCUGCACCCUGCUGAGCCGCGCUGGGCGGACGUAACCGGGCUGGGGGGCUGGAGGGUUGGAGCCCCCGGCACCCACCCCGCUGGGCUCUGCUUGGGAACCAGAGCGACUCAGGCACUGUCACUCACAUGGAUGCCGUGGGUCAGCCCUGGGGGCUGAGGGCCAGGCUCGGAGACUCGGCAGUGGGGCUUGGCACCAUGGGUCAGCCCUGGGGCUGAGGGCCAGGCUCGGAGGCUGAGCUGUGGGUCUGGAGGCUGUGGGCACCGUGGAUCAGCCUAGGGCCUGGGGGCCAGGCUUGGAAGCUGAACUGUGGGGCUAGAGGCUCGG